UGGUACAAUCAUUUCCAAUAUUAUUUCCAAAGUAAACUUUUGAAGUUCAUUAUGUAUUGGAUAGCUUUGGCAAAUAUGACAUUAAUCAACAUCAAUAAAGAACGACUCAUCAUUUUUAAUUAUGGAUUUAGGUUGAUUAUUUUCUCAGGCGCCUUGGAAUUCGGAACGUAUAUUUAAGUGAAGGGUAAACGACAAGGCUGCGUAUUUAUCGACGCUUGAUUAAUGUAUGCUCUUUUCUGACAGGCUGACGAACCAAAGUCGGAAAUACUUCAAACUACACCAUCGCAUCCGAAGAUAUUAGACGAUGUUUCUUUGACGGACAGCAAAAGCAGUAAGAAACGCCGUAAAAGGGUCAGAAGAAAGAACACUCCAAAGAAGUCGAACAGUGUAAAUCAGCUUUUAGCUCAAGCUGGUGAAAAUACAGAGACGAAUGAUACUAUUACUGAUAAAAGUUCAAUGGAUAGCAAUAGUUCCGAUCAGGAAGUUAAAGAAUUUCAGAAAGAAAUCAAGGAAGACCAAAGACAAAUGGUGGAUACUGCGAACAUCAAAAAGAUUGACGCAGAUUUUCAUUUCUUCAGCGAUACGGAACUCACCAAUAACGGGAACAAUGAUUCAAGGACGGGCUCUCCAGUGAACGUAGAAAGUGUACAGUCAGAUUCGGAGUUCGAAGUUAAAGUUAGAAAAGAAGAUCAGAUGGAAGGCGGUAAAAGCUGGGAGUGGGGACGUUUUCCUAAUGUUUCUCAGUUCCCAUCUCAUACCAGUGAAAACCCUAGACAAGAAGAAAGAAAGUCUAUGCUAAGCGGAAUGUUUUCUUUCAUGAAACAGAAACAUGGGUCUGGACAAUCUAAUUUGGAAGAUGGCGUAUAUCUUUCUGAUAUAUUGUCAGGAGGUAUUGAUCAAGAAGUAGCAGAGAUAUAUUUCAAUAAAACCAAACAAAAAAGAGACGUGGAUUGUGAAUCAGGAAAUGGACCUUCGCUGACCCAGAGCCCAAACAGCCCCGAGGGUUGCAAGAGUAUUGAUUCGGAUUUUGAAGAACAACUCAAAUUACAUUCCCUAUCUCAAGAUAUUUCACUCUCAAUGUGUGGCUGGGAUCCACCACUACCAAACACAAAUAGGUUUCUCGAACACGUAGUAAAAUUCAGCGAUCUAUGCAACAACCCUUUUAUGUUCGAAGAUCCAAAUUUGGUUGUUAGGAUCAAGGAUAAAUACUAUACAUGGAAGGUGGCAGCUCCUAUCAUUGCAAGUAUCGUCAUUUAUGGAAGACCUUUACUACAAUCUUCAGUGGACCAGCUUUGCAAUAUCCAUAUGCCGGCAUCCAUUCAUCAAAAAGAUGCUCAACUCGCUAAAGAUGGAACUAGCAAACAGCAACAAGAAGCUGCCAGAACUUCAUGGUGGAGUUGGGGCCGGGGAAAAACUUCCAGAGAAACAACCCCUGCUCUUGAUAAAGCUAAUCAGGAACUAGGAAAAAGUGUGGAAGGGAGAAAAUUGGAGAAGGAAGAUGCUGGUGCUAAUGCAAUGGCUGUGAAAGGAAGUGAGACACAAGGUGCUGUUAGAGAUAAGAAAGAAGAGACUGUAACAAUUCCUAUAAGUGAUGAGAAUGAUGGAAGCUUAGCCGCUUCGAUAUCUCCACCCAAAUCGACGUCUGAUAAGUAUAGGAAAACGUUAAGACUGACAUCUAAACAAAUUGCUUCGUUGAAUUUGAGGGAUGGGAUGAAUGAACUAGAGUUUAGUGUAACUACUGCUUAUCAAGGCACCACUAGAUGUCAGUGUCAGCUAUAUAAGUGGAAAUGGGAUGAUAAAAUAGUCAUUUCAGACAUUGAUGGAACAAUUACCAAGUCUGAUGUUUUGGGCCACAUACUCCCCAUAGUAGGGAAGGAUUGGGCUCAAUCUGGAGUAGCUCAACUAUUUAACAAAAUUAAGGAUAAUGGUUAUAAGUUGUUGUACCUCUCGGCAAGAGCAAUCGGCCAGGCUAGAAUUACUAGAGAAUAUCUGAAGAGUAUAAAGCAAGGGGAUUUAACAAUGCCAGAUGGACCGAUUUUGUUGAAUCCGACAUCUCUGAUCACCGCUUUCCAUAGGGAGGUUAUUGAGAAAAAACCUGAACAGUUCAAGAUAUCUUGCAUGUCAGACAUCAAGGCUCUCUUUCCACUUGAUUCUAAUCCAUUUUAUGCUGGAUACGGUAAUAGAAUCAACGAUGUCUGGGCUUAUAGAGCGGUAGGAAUACCUAUAGUUAGGAUAUUCACCAUCAAUCCUAAAGGUGAACUCAAACAUGAGUUAACUCAAACUUUCCAGUCAAGCUAUACCAGCCAAUCUUUGGUAGUAGACGAGGUGUUCCCCCCUUUAUGGCAUAAAAUUAAAGAAAAUGAAGAAACAUAUAAGCAUGCAUAUGAUGGAGAUUCAGAUUCUGAAUCUUCGUCAAUAUAAAAUUAGGUCUUUUAAAUUUUAAAUUUAAACGAGUAUUGUUAUAACAAAAACUGUGAUGGCAUAGUAUUGAAAAGUUUUUAGUUUGUAUAGUCGAGUAUCAUGGAUUUCAAGUAAAGAAAUUAUUUUUAUAUUUAAAGGCAAUGAUAUUGAAAAAUGAGGAAAUCAUUUAUAACCAAAUGGUUUCUUGAUUCAUUUCAAGGGGUAUCCAACAGACGUGAUUAUGAAUAAGAAAGCGUUGUUCAGCCAUCUAACGGACACACGCGGUUAAUAUCGUGAUGUAUAAAUUUCCAUUAGUAUGAAAAUAUCGAGUUCAUUUGGAUAGGAGUAUCAGAAUACAUUUUUUAAUUAACUAAAAUUGAUAUUCGCCCAAUAUACUGGUUAUUAAUUUAAUACACCAGAGCAGCAGUAAAUGGAUAUAAUCGAAUGAACCUGUUGAAUGCACUUGCGUAUGUCCACUGUACAUAUGGUGAAACACCUUGCAC